UACAACCACCAACCCGGGCCGCAUUAAGAUACGAACACAGUUUUUAGGGGUAUGCGUAUCAGGCUUAUCGGCUCCGAUACGCCUUAUGCCGUCAUUCCCGAUUGUCGGAUUGUCUAAAAGACCCCGCAUAUUGCCGAUUGUAUGUGGUGUUGUGGGAUUAUAGGCUAUAAAAUAAGGGUUGUUCGAAUUGAAGUUCAGCGUGCUCUUGAUUUGUGGUGAGGCUCGAAUUCAGACGGCUAAUUGGUAAGAAUUUCGAUUCAGUUGUUCAUUAAUUGCAUAAUUGACCCUUUAUUGCAAACAUUGAAUUGGUGUGUUUGUUAUUUUCAUCGGAAUCGCGCAGCAAACUUUUUUCGAUAGUGUAACCGGCGGUCAAUGGAUAAUGGAGGGGAUUUCGGUGAGGUUUCAUAUACACAAAAUGACAUGACGACCGUGUUGAUUUUGCUUGAAGAGGUUAUACGCAACUAUCAAAUUAACCUGCUGCUGAUCUCUUUGAUGAUAUCAUUGAUUUGCCCUAAAAACCGCAAGCGUAAACGUUGGGAUCGUCUAAAUCAGUCAUUGGUUUUAGAUUCUAUUCCGGCUCAUGUACUUCAGCUGGAUAGACUAGUGCGUGUAACAGAUAGGGCAUGCGUAGAUAAUUUACGGAUGGAUAGGAACACCUUUGGGCGUCUAUGUCGCAUUCUCCGGGACCGGGUAGGAUUAAUUGAUCAAAGACUAGUCAGUGUGGAAGAACAAGUAGCCAUGUUCCUUUGUGUGCUAGCACAUCACAAGAAAUUUCGCAUCGUUGGGCAUAAUUUCAUGCGGUCGUCUCAGACUGUGUCAAAGUACAUACACAUUAUACUCCGUGGUAUUCUCACACUACAUAGUAUUUUUUUGGUGAAGCCCACCCCCAUAGAUGAAGAUUGCCCUGAGCGUAGGUGGAAAUGGUUCAAGGGUUGUCUUGGUGCUUUGGAUGGUACUUAUAUCAAUGUGCGUGUUCUCAUUGCUGAUGUUCCUCGGUACCGUAAUCGUAAAGGCCACAUCACUACCAACACAUUGGCCGUGUGUGACCCUAAGCUCAGAUUCAUUUAUCUAUUACCCGGAUGGGAGGGCUCUGCGGGUGACUCGCGGAUUUUAAGAGAUGCUGUCAGCAGACCAUUAGGCCUCAAAGUUCCCAAAGGUUGCUACUACCUAUGUGACAAUGGAUACCCCAACGCUGAAGGUUUCUUGACUCCUUAUAAAGCAGUUCGAUACCAUCUUAAGGAAUGGGGCGUCGGACGGCAAGCUCCCCAGAAUGCGGCAGAGCUUUUUAACCUCAGACAUUCUAAGGCGAGGAACGUCAUCGAACGAUCGUUUGCCGUGCUGAAAAUGAGAUGGGGUAUCCUCCGAUCAGCAAGCUUUUACCCGAUAGACGUUCAAACCGGCCUAAUAAUCGCAUGUUUUCUACUUCACAAUUACAUACGAAGUCAGAUGGUGGUUGAUCCUGUGGAGGCUGAGUUGGUAAACGAGGAUUGUGAUGACGAAAGUGAUAAUGAGCCUCCGUUGGUUUGUGAUAAUAUCAGCAGUGUGGAACCCUCAGCAAUAUGGAAUACAAAAAGGGAUGAUCUGGCAAGGGCAAUGUGGGCCGAAAGAAAUAAUGGAUAGGUAGUCCGAUUGUUCUGAAAUUGAUUCUUGAGUUAUGCUUUCCUUAAAUCGGUUUGUAGUUUGGAUAGAUUGUUCUAUGUAUUACUCGUUUGCUUGUAUGAAUUCUAAACAAUUUUCUACUCUGUUGUAACGUGACAUUUU